CGGCGGAGCCACUAGCCCUGCAGCGGAGCGCUGCUCUCCACAUACUCCCGGAGCUCCGGCCGCGCGGGUCGCGCGUCCCCGCUGCUCUGCACCCCAAACUUCAGCUGCAGCUGGGUUUCCAGCCAUCGAACCAGAAACUGCACCGCGACACUCGACAAGCGCAAGCAGUCCGCAGAGGAGUGAAAGCACAGGUCAGAGCACAGCCGGCUUAGGAGAGCAGCUUUCCGGAGCAGCAACUCCGGGCGAGCGCGGACACCAACAAGUGAGGAGGCGCCGCGUUCCGGGGGCACAGUGGGGACGGCGAGAGCAGGAGCCUGAGGACACAGAGAGUGCCUGGAGCAGGAGCCGGAGCCCGAGCCGCGCUACACUGCCUGCGGCUGCUCGGCUCCAUCAAUCGUUCUCCGCCGGCUGCGCCUAGCGCUGGGAAGGAGGCUUCGUUUCGUCCUGGUGGCAAGCCGCGUCUCCCGGGAAUAUGCAGCACGCGUGGAUCCUGCUCACCUUGGGCUUGAUGGCCUGCGUGUCGGCGGAGACGGGAACCUUCACCAGACUGUUACCAUGGUACCUCCCAUCAAGGAAAAAUGAAGUUUUAAAAGUCUUCAUACCAGUUUCUACUGGGACCACAGGGAGAACAGAGCUGACAUCUGAUAAAGACAUGUACCUUGACAACAGCUCCAUUGAAGAAGCCUCUGGAGUGUAUCCUAUUGAUGAUGAUGACUAUUCUUCUGCCUCCGGCUCAGGAGCUGAUGAGGACAUAGAGAGCCCAGGGCUGACAACAUCCCGACCACUUCCAAAGAUACCGUUCACUAGUGCUGCUUCAAAAGUGGAAACCAUGACGCUGAAGACACAGAGCCACACGCCUGCUCAGACGAAGUCACCUGAAGAAAUUGACAAAGAGGAAGUUCGAGUGUCUGAUGCAGAAGGGAAAUCAGGCCCUGCUGUAAAGAGCACAGAUGUGUACACUGAGAAACACUCAGACAAUCUGUUUAAACGGACAGAAGUCCUUGCAGCCGUUAUUGCUGGCGGGGUGAUCGGUUUUCUCUUUGCAAUUUUCCUCAUCCUGCUGUUGGUGUACCGUAUGAGGAAGAAGGAUGAAGGAAGCUACGACCUUGGGGAGCGCAAACCGUCCAGCGCAGCUUACCAGAAGGCACCUACUAAGGAGUUUUACGCAUAAAACUCCCACUUAGUGUCUCUAUUUAUGAGAUCACUGAACUUUUCAAAAUAAAGCUUUUGCAUAGAGUAAUGAAGAUCUUCGGGUUUUUUUUUUUUGUUUUUUUUGUUGUUGUUGUUGUUUAUUUUUCAUUAAAGAGCCAUUCUGGUACUUUAAUGAUAAAAUCCCAUUGUAUUUAAAAUUUUUUCAUGUAUUUCUUUAGAAUGACAUGCAAUUAAAAAUUUAACAUCUGCAGUGUUCUGUGAAUAGCAGUGGCAAAAUAUUAUGUUAUGAAAAACCUUGAUGUUCAUGGAAUUGAUUUAAACAUCUAUGGGCAAAUAUAAAAUUGUUUCUGUCCUCUGGUUCAAAGAUGACAGCUGUUUCCUUUCAUCAGCGUGUCUCCAAUUGAACUUACUGAGUGGGUCUUUGUUAAUUUAUCUCUUGUCCCCUCUUCUCUGCUCUUCACUCUUGUCCCCUUAAAAACAAAAACACCCCCCCAAUGCCUUUUGUAGCUGUCAUGGUGCAAUCUGUCUUUGGAUGAUUCCAAUAAUGGCCAUUUAGUGUAUAUGUGAUUUUUUUCAAAUAUGUAAACUGUAACCUCCACUUUGUGUAAAUUUUAAAGUGUCAUACUAUCCAUUUUACACUUGCUUUAUUUUUCAUUACCUGCAGCUUCAGGUAGAUUUGCAACAGCAAAUUAAUGUGUAAAAUUGGAUUAUUACUAUGAAACUGUUUAGUCCUAGCUGUCAAUCAGGUCUUCUUGCCGGAGGAUUUGAUAUGAGUAACUGACAAGCCUCAGCAAACCCAAAGAUGCUAACAGUAUUUUGAGAAGUUGCUGCAAAUUCCUUUGGCCACUGUGCUUGUUGAUUUCUUGCAAUUUGAAGGUUUUAGGUUAUGAGGAAGUGUUUAAAGGGAAAAAAAAAUCAGUUUUUGUUCUUAAAAAUGCAUUUAAGUUGUAAACAUCUUUUUAAGCCUUUGAAGUGCCUAUGAUUCUAUGUAACUUGUCGUAGACUGGUGUUAAUGAGUAUAUAUAACAGUUUUAAAAAAUUGGUAUUUUAUAAGCACAGACAAUUCUAAUGGUAACUUUUGUAGUCUUAUGAAUAGACAUAAAUUGUAAUUUGGGAACAUAAAAACUACUGAAUAAAUCAUGUGGCCUAAUAUUGAAAAUGUCACUGUUAUAAAUUUUGUACAUUUUCGAUCAAAUGUACAUCUCCCCUUUGCUACGACUGUCUGCUCUCAAGGAAGACGUGGGUUUGAUUUCUGAGUAUUCAAUGGUGUCUGUAAAUCAAGACCAAAGAGCCAGCCCGUGAGUGAUGCUGUUUAUGAUCAGAUUCACCUCUGAAUUGGCCAGAGGAAAUGAGUGUAUCAUCCUGCCGGUGUCUGGGUACAGGGAUGGAAGGCUGCCAGGGAAUUUCAGAGUUUGCAACCUUUAUAGCAUAGCUGCUGGCAAUAUUGAGACAGAUGCUUUCUUUUGCAAAUAACUCUUUAAGACUAUAAAUUCCAAAGAACUGAAGGGGGCUUUCUGGAAGUAGGUAUCUCAGGCUUAGUGCUACAGAUUAAUUUACCUUUCAGAGCUCUCCUGAAACUUGACAGAAGACUUCUGUGUGGAACACAAUGGCUGCUUUAUGAGAGAGGAGGAAAGGGUAGGGAAGCUCUGAAAGUUAAGUCAGCGCCUUACUGCUUAGGAUGGAAGUUGCUAGAAAAAGUGACACCUGAGGAGGUGAAGGUAUGAGGGUGCCCUGGCUGGGUACUCCCUGUACCGAACAUUUCCUUUUUCUAUUUUACCAUUAAUUUUGUUUUUAAACUGUGAGCCAUGGAAGUAAAAAGAAGACAGCAAAACAGCAACUUUUCCACCAUAACAUUUACUUUUAAUAAAGUUUGAAUACUUGAUUUAGAGAACUCUCCCCAGACUUGCCACAGAACGCAUUUUUUAAAGAAAGUUACAGCAACACUUGAAAGUGUUUUAUCUAAAUCCUAAUGGCCUUAAUUCUCAAAUUCUCACCCAAUUACAGAUGCAAUUCAUCUUGUUUAGGAUGAUCAAAAGGAAAGGAUAGGUCUUUCUAAAGCUGCACAAUGUCCCUCAAUUACAGAGGCUAAAAAUGUAGUGGGUAACCUCUAACUGUGCAAAACAGAGUGAAAUUCUAUUCAUAGAAUAACUUGCUUGGAACAUCUGUGCCAGGAAAAGAACUUUCUGGCAAAUAUUUUGUCACUGCUGUAAAGCAAAAUAUUUGUUAAAGUGCCAAAAUAAAGUCUGUCAUGCCAAAAGUAAA